AUGCCCAGGAGUCCCACGUCCAGUGAGGAUGAGAUGGCCCAGAGUUGUUCUGACUACUCCGAGGACUCCGCCUCCGACAGCUCCCGUGAGGAGACUAUCUAUGAGACCAUAAGAGCCACCGCCGAGCCGGCCCCCAGACGCAUGGACGACAUACACACUCACUCCCUGGUCAUCCGCAUCCUCAUCCCCGACCUGCAGCAGACAAAAUGUAUGCGGUUCAACCCCAAUGCGACCGUGUGGGUUGCCAAGCAGAGGAUCCUGUGCACGUUGAGCCAGAGUCUGAAGGAUGUGCUGAACUACGGCCUCUUCCAGCCCGCCAUGAACGGACGAGACGGGAAGUUCCUGGACGAGGAACGCCUCCUCAUGGAAUACCCACAGCCAAUUAGCAAAGGAGUUCCGUCUCUGGAGUUCCGCUACAAGAGCCGAGUCUACAGGCAUCCCCAUGUGGAAGAGAAGCAGAUUGCCAAACUUCACACCAAGGCCAACUUGAGGAAGUUUAUGGACCUCAUCCAGCACCAUCAGGUGGAGAAAGUCUCUAGGCUGCUGGAGAGAGGGCUGGACCCCAACUAUCAGGAUACAGAGACCGGUGAGACCCCCCUGACAUUUGCGUCCCACCUGGAUAACGUGGUGGAGAUUUUAAAGGUACUAAAGAAUGGAGGGGCCCACCUGGACUUCAGGGCCAAAGACGGCAUGACGGCCCUACACAAAGCUGCUAGGUCCAAGAACCAGGUUACUCUGAUGACCCUGUUGGAGCUUGGUUCAUCUCCAGACUAUAAGGACAGUCGGGGUCUGACAGCGCUCUACCACACAGCCAUGGUGGGAGGAGACCCAUUCUGCUGUGAGUUGCUGCUACAUGAACACGCCACUGUCUGCUGCCAGGACGAAAACGGCUGGCACGAAGUCCACCAGGCUUGUCGGAAUGGCUAUGUCCAGCACCUGGAGCAUCUGCUGUUCUACGGGGCAGACAUGAGCGCACAGAAUGCCUCAGGGAACACAGCGCUGCACAUUUGUGCUCUCUACAACCAGGAUAACUGUGCCAGGGUGCUGCUGGUCCGUGGAGCCGAAAAAGAGGUGAAGAACUACAACAGCCAGAGUCCCUUCCAGGUGGCCAUCAUCGCGGGGAACUUUGAACUGGCCGAACUGGUCAAGAAACACAAAGAGACAGAUAUAGUGCCUUUCCACGAGGCCCCGGAAUACUCCAAGCGGCGUCGGGCCCCUCCCCCUAACAGCAGCAGCGGUAGCUCCCUGGCGGCCCCCCGGGUCCUGCUGCGCUCCAACAGUGACAACAACCUCACGGUGAGCCAGGGGCCCCCCCAAGACUGGCCCCAGCCCCAGGUACCCCCCCAGCAUCACGGACCCCAACACGGAGGGGUUGGACCCCCCACCUCCACUUCCCACCGUAGCCUCUCUCCACAGCUGCUCCAGCAGAUGCAGGGGAACCCCAAUGGCACUGUGAGGACCAUUGGCCAGGGGUGCCGCAGUACCAGCGUCGGGGUGGUCCCCCGGAGUCGGUCCCCGUCCCUCAACCGGCUGGGAGAGGAGGCCCGCAGGCCGCUCCCGCAGACACAUGUACAGACACAGCAGCACAGACAACCGAGUGGUAAUGUGGAGGUGGUGGUCCAGCGGAGGAAGAUGUACAGUGCCGUGCCAGGGAGGCACUUUGUGGUGGUCCACGCCUACCAUCCACAGGCCGAGGGAGAGAUCACACUCUACAAGAACGACAGGGUUAAAGUUCUGAGCAUUGGAGAGGGGGGGUUCUGGGAAGGCAGUGCCCGGGGCCAGGUGGGCUGGUUUCCUGCGGAGUGCGUGGAGGAGAUUCCUGCCAAGCCCAGCGAGGAGAGGACGCACACAAGAGCUGACCGCUCAGACAGGAGGAAACUCUUCCGACACUACACUGUGGGGUCCUACGAUAGCUUUGACGCCUCCAGCGACUGCGUGGUCGACGAGAAGACGGUGGUCUUGACCAAGAAGGAGAAUGAAGGUUUCGGCUUCGUGCUCCGAGGGGCCAAAGCGGACACGCCCAUCGAGGAGUUUACUCCCACCCCUGCCUUCCCAGCCCUCCAAUACCUGGAGUCAGUGGACGAGGGAGGAGUGGCCUGGCAGGCGGGGCUUAGGACCGGGGACUUCCUCAUCGAGGUGAACCAGGAGAAUGUGGUGAAGGUGGGCCACAGGCAGGUGGUCAACAUGAUCCGUCAUGCAGGGAACAGCCUCAUCAUCAAAGUGGUAACGGUCAGCAGGAAUAUGGACCCUGAGGAUACCGCACGCAAAAAAGCCCCCCCACCGCCAAAGAGAGCCCCCACCACCGCCCUGUCUAUGCGCUCCAAGUCUAUGACCUCUGAAUUGGAAGAACUAGUUGACAAGUCCACACUAAGGAAAAAGACAGAUAAAGUGGACGAGGUGUCACCUUCCCAGAAGGCCGUGGACAAUAAGGUGGCCACCAUUAAGCCACGCCCCUCCAGCCGCUGUUUGGUCACGCCUACUGACAUGAAUUCCAUGUACGACCGCCAGGGUGGUGUGGCAGUGGUACCACCCACCGUGCCAGGCAGUCCUAGAGGGGGGGCAUUCCUGGGCAUACUUGCCAAGGGUGGCACCAUGAGGAGACAGAAGUCCAUAGGUGUAUAUCUCUUUCUCUCUCUGUCCAUCUCUCAUUCUCUCUCUUUAUUUCUCUCUCUCUCAGGUAUAACAGAAGAGGAGAAGACCCUCCUCACCCCUCCCCCGCUCAAGUUCACCCGCAGCCUCUCCAUGCCAGACACGUCCGAGGACAUCCCCCCUCCCCCGGCCAUCUCCCCCCCGUCGCCCCCCUCCUCCUACAACUCUUCCUCCAUCUCCCCCACGCCACGGGGCUACGGCACCACCCGACCGGGCCUCACCCUCAACUCCGCUGGAAAAUGUUCCAACGCCACUACCCUAGGCAACCGCACGGUAGAUGUAGGGACGCUAAGGCGAGGUUAUCACCGCCAGAGCUCAGAACAGUACGAUAGUAGAAGCCGAGGACGGGCGCCCGUGCCCGAGAACCCGUACUCGGAGGUGGGCAACAAGGCGCUGUACGUGCCCGCCAAGCCAGCGAGGAGGAAGGGCAUGCUGGUCAAGCAGCCCAAUGUGGAGGACAGCCCAGAGAAGACCUGCUGCGCCCCGCACUCAGGUGCCGUUUCCAUGCCGACCACACCCACUGAGAGGACCGUCUCGUCCAUUCCCAUCCCCACCAUCAUCGUCAAGGAGCCGUCCACCAGUAGCAGUGGAAAGAGCAGCCAGGGCAGCAGUAUGGAGAUCGAGCCCACCACACCCGAACACCCAACAUUAACGCCUGGGGCAGGGGGCAGGGGGCUGAGGCCUGAAGACCCCAUUGUCAACAACCCCUUUGCGGCUGCCAUCGCAGGGGCAGUGAGGGACCGGGAGAAGAGGCUGGAGGCGCGGAGGAACUCGCCCAGCUUCCUCUCCACCGACAUGGAGGAUGAGGACUUGGGAGACCCUGCCCCGCGCCUACGCCAGUCCAAGUCCAUCGACGAGGGGAUGUUCAGCAACGACGAGCACCUGCAGAGGAUAAUGGCGCCCCCACCGGCCGCCACCCUGCUGCGGUCCCAAGAAGACGGUGACCGUGGGGGUAACGUGACAGACUUCAACACCCCUGAGCCCGCCCAGGUGGUGAGGGAGCCCCUGACCGCGCGUACCGGCCAGUACCCCAACCUGGACAGCCCCGUCAGUCUCCCGGCCACCUACAGCUCCAACGGAGGAGGGGGCUACCUGCACCCCGUCACGGGUAAGGCCCUGGACCCUAACUCGCCCCUCGCCCUGGCGCUGGCGGCCCGGGACAGAGCCAUGAAGGAGCAGACGCAAACGACCAUGGCGACGCAAGCCCCACCCCCUUCUCAACCUCAUCCACGUCCCAAGAGCGAUGCCCCCCAGUCCCUUCCCCCCAACCCCCACAAACAUGGCCUCAAUCAGCCCCUCUUCAUCGAUACCAAGCUCCGCUCCAGCAUUGAGGCGGGCUUCGCCACCUCCACGACAACCCUGGGGCGAGGCAGAGGGGGGGGCCUUAGGAGGCAGAUGACGGAGCAGAAGUACGAGUUGGACGGAGCGAGGGAGGAGAGGCAGCAGGCGGUGGAGGAUGGGAAGAGCAUACAGAUUGACGUUGUGGACACGUCACAACCGCAGAAAGCGGCCGGGCUGCUGAUGGUGCACACCAAAAACAGCCCAGAGGGGGACGACAGGGGGCAGGAGAACACACCAGCCCAGGACAACAGCAACCCCAGCGAACUGAGAGACCCCAACCAGCCAAACCCCUCCACCAACAGCCACAGUACCAAACCCCUGCCCCCCGUGCCGCGGGGGAAGAGCAUCACAGCUGGGGAAUCGGUGGACGAGCCAGUCAAGCUGCCCUUCCGCAUGCCCCCUCCCCCACUGGUCUCGGUGGACAUCGAGGAGGUGGAGGAGUUUGUCUUCUCCGAGCCCCUGCCGCCGCCGCUGGAGUUCGCCAACAGCAUCGACAUCCCUGAGGACCAGGCAACGACCAUCGCUGAGUUGCUCAAGCAACGGGACCAAGAGAGACGCAACGGGAUGGGGGCCAGGGGGCCACAUCCACCUUCCUACUACACCCACGCCCCGCCCCCUGUCGGCCAGUUCAGACGGGGGAGCGGGAUGUCCAACUGCGUGCCCCCACCCUCCUACCCCCCUCCACCCCCCGAUGGUGGCUUUGAGCAAGGUGUCACUGACUCAGGCAUCGAGGAGGUAGACAGUCGCAGCAGUGGAGACCCCUAUAUGGAGACUACCAGCACCGUUUCCACAGUUUCCAGCAUCUCUAUACUGUCGUCUGAGGGUGGGUACAACAACGCCCAGGAGAACACUUCUAUGGUCUAUACUGACGGCCAGGCUUACCUUGACGACCGACCACCCGUUCCCCCCAAGCCAAAAAACAAGCCUGUCAUCAACAAGAACACUGCACUUUACCACGACGUCCUCAUGGAGGAAUCCCUGGACUCCUUCGGGGCGCCCCCUCCCCCUCCACCCGGGUCCAUGUCCCCCCCGGACCUCCCCUGGACCCCCACCCAUCGGUCGUCCAAGCUGUGGGGCGAACCCCCGGAGCUAAGGAGCCCACCCACGCCCGACCCCAAGGCCACGGUUAUCAACGAGCUGAGCUCCAUCUUAUCACAGAUGCACCGGCCCAAACCGGGGGACUCCCUGGACUCACCCACCACAGGGGCCAGGGGCGGCUUUGGAACCAGCUCUCCAGCCUCAGGAAGCCAGCGGAACUCCAGUGUGUCCUUUGGCCUGCCCCCCUCCUCCUGCACCCCUCCUUCCAGCCUGCCCCCUCACCUCUGCAGCCCCCCGGACACCUCGUCCCUCUCCUCGCCCCCCUGCCCCUCCUCUUUACCCCACUCUGCCUCGCCCAGCCUCAGCGACAUCUUCGGUCUGCCCAACCCGCCCAUGGGGAGUGCGAGUGGCUUCGGCAGCAUGGGCGGUAGCCUUGGUGGAGGGUCCUCGUGCAGUGGCUCGCGCUCCCCCUCGCCGCUCACCCUAAUGCAGGCCGUAGCCGCCUCGGGCAAGCCCUUCGCCUCCAAGCCCGUGGAGCUGUGGAGCAAGCUGGACGUGGCCGACUGGCUGGACAGCCUGAAUCUGUCGGAGCAUAAAGACGCCUUCCUAGACAACGAGAUCGAGGGCGCCCACCUGCCCUCGCUGCAGAAAGAGGAUCUGAUUGACCUGGGGGUGACGCGGGUGGGCCACCGCAUGAACAUCGAGAGGGCCCUCAAAAUGCUGCAGGACAGAUAAAGCCAUGGGGUGUGGAUUUAUCUGGAACACUCUCUCUCCUACCUGUUCUCCUUCUCAGUCUGGGACAGUCUGGGACGAUUUAGGAAUCGGCCAUUGACUCCUCCCUUCCUGCCUCGCCUCUGUGUUUGUGUUUGAUCGUUCCCAUUCUGCUUCCAGAGUGUCAGGGGAUGUUGGAAUCCUGGAGGAACUGCUGGGAAUAGCCCGGAGAAAGGCGGCGUUCCCGAAUCCAGAAUGGAGAAAGAGUGGAAGAAAUCCUGCAUCUUUUUCGGGAUGCUCAUGUCACAAAAGACCACACUUUGGAAUACUCUAGAAACGUAGCCCUCAAACAUCCAACCCGGACAUUGUUGGAAUACUCAAAACUACAACUCCCAGUCGCUUUGGAAUACUCAAUACUUUUUCAAGCUGCCCCAGUGUGGGUGUUUGAAACCAGCUGAGCUGGUUGGCGCUCCUUUUCUAUCUUUGCUAGAGUUUCUUCAGAGAAUAUUUAUUCACUAGAGUAAAAGGGUUAUGUUUAUGAACGCAUCUGACGUUUGAAAAACAUUAGAAACGAGAACCUUUGUCGAAAUGUUUAGCUGAAUCCUAAACCAUAUCACUCGCUGCAAGCAAAUCCACACACACAUCCGGCGAUGGCCUUCUUCUCCUGAGAGAGAAACAUGACGAUGUGUUGGUCACUCUAAUGCAUGGCUGGAGGGGCUCCACUGUAGCAGGCGCCACUGUCCCUUUCACAUCCCUGUUCACAGUGGAAGGUGUGUGGAUUUGGGUUUUGUCAGAGACAUGUUUGUGAGGUGUACAGUCGUGGUCAAAAGGUUUGAG